AUGGUGAUGGUCUUACCAACUUUGAAAAAGUUGAUUGAUGAUGCAAUAAAUAAUGCUGAAAAGUCCCUUAAUGCUGAGAAAUCUAAACUUGAAUGCCCUGUUAAGUAUAAGGGAAAUGAGUCCACUUGCCAGCAUUUUCAGAAGCUAAUUGACCAACAUGAAAAAUCCGAUCCAUCUCAAAAAUCUAAAAAUGAAUCAAAUUUAGAGCUAUACAAAAAUGCUGUAAAUUCAUGCUCCGAUUCCCACUCCCGUAAUCAGGACUCUGCUACUAAGAAAGCCUUGCAGGACAUUGAAGAGCGUGAGAAACAACUUAAAGAUCUUGAAAGUAAGCUUAGCAUUUUUACUGAAAAAAAUAAGUCUGAUGAUUGUAAAAAGCUUUUAGAGAAUCUUUGCACCGGCCUCGAAAAAUUCCUCGGCUUCAACUCUGACUCCAAAGGCUACACUGGCCAGGGCAUUGUCUACUCCGAUCUUGACAGGCUGUGUGAUGCGGUGGUGGCGUUUUUGUAUCAGGUGCUUAAGGAUGUCAGCGAGAAACAGCCUUACAAGGUGGGUAAAGAAAAACUAAAUGAAGCUGUUGAAAUGCUUAAUAACAAUUUAUCCACCGGGCGUGAGGGUUUUAAGGUCAUUGAGCAGGUGGCGAGGAAGGUGAGGGAGUAUAAUGAGAGUGUUAAGGAGUCUAAUAAAAAAGUUAGAGAUCCUAUAAGUACACUUCAAGAUAAGAUGGGAGAACUAAAAACAGCGGGCCAUGACUUCACUGGGGAGAAGACUCAAGUGGACGAGCAGUUGCAGAAGUGUAAGCAGUAUGCUAAGAAUUUUAAUGAUACUUAUAACUUAGACGAUAAUGAUUUUAAUAUAGACAUGAGAACAUCUAUUAAUGAUCUUAAUGACAGACUACGUGACAGUGUUCUUGUAGCGUUGAAUGCAGUCCAGCAUGAGACCGAUAGGCUUACAGCCUUGACCGACAAAGAGCGAAUGGAUUGGCAGGGGUUGUAUUAUAAAAUUCAAAAAAUUCUAACAAACCUCGAAAAGAGUAUUGGCAUAAAAAUAAAGGAGGAUAUAGAGCGCUAUGUCUACUAUUUGAGAUUUAAAGUUAAGGAUAUGAAGAAUCAUCUUGAAAUAAUACAACAUGCCUUAAAGAAUUAUCUUUUGGACCUGCAAAAAUGGAUUCACGUAUCGGACGAGAUUGUGAAAACCGCCUGGAGGAGAGUUGAAACUAUAUUAGAAAAAGUUGAUGGAGGUAAUGCGCAUAAUAAAAAAGACAUUGUGAAGGUGUCGAAGGAUAUAGGCGAGCAAGUCGGGAAGUUGCAUAAGCAAUUCACAGAUUUGAAAGUGAAGUACAAUGAUGUCUGCGAACUCAUUAAAGGCAAGGACGGACUGGGUGCAAAAGGUGAGAACGGUGGAGUGUUAGGACGGCUUAAAAAGCUUCAUGAAACCGUCGAAGAAGCUGUCCCUAAACGGCUAUCUGGUUUUGUACGUAGCGCUGAUGGAUGGUUGUUGUCUGAUAUAGAGAGUUUCAAAGGGACGAUUGCGACGAAUGUUAAGACACACGUUGGAGGAAUGCUCGGGGGUAUUAACAAGUUAGUUGAAGGUAUAAAAGGUGCAAACGAAAAUGGUGGUCUGAAAAAAGUUGAAGCCGAAGUGAAGAAGUGGGCGGCCGAUUUUAACGGGGCGGAUAAGUUUGGGGAACAAGUGGAGAAGUGGGUGGCUGAUAUAUUGGAUAAAGAUGAGAUUGUGAAGAAGCUUAUCAAAACGUACGUUCGAGUAGAUUUGGAUGUCAAAAGAGCUAAUGUGGCUGCUGUUUUUAAAAGUCAUCUUAACGCCAAUUUUAUACAAGAAGCCGGCAAAAAAAUAGAAGAAGGAAUUCAAGGCCUCAACGGCGAAACGAAUGUUGGUAAAAUUAAGGGACAUGUAGAAGUGGUGCACAGUGGUAUCGAUAUGUUUGUGCAGCGACUUGGGCAGCGGAUUAAGCAGGUGGAAAGUGAUAGUGGUGAUACGUUUGUCAAGAAUAUAGCUACGCAAAUCCAUAAUGAUGACGGCAUCAUGAUACAACCGAAAAAAAGUGUUAAUCCUACAAUUCAAUUCAUAAAUGCCGUCAAAUAUACUCUCAAUCAGCUGGUAGGUAUUGCUAGGAAACACUCCGUCGAUCUUAAGUGGCUCAUUAGUGAAGGCGAUAAAGAGGGUAAUCUAAAAAAAGUCGACGAUGCGCUCGGUGUGGCUACAAAUCUGUAUGACUCGCUUACGGAGGCUGUCGAAGCGGCUACUAAUCCAGGUGCUCCCCAGCCGUCAGAAGGUAGUUUCGCGCAGGGUGUUAAACAGAUUGCGGCAAAAGUCAGUGAUGCCGACGCACAACUCGGUACUCUCCUCUACGAAGCAGUUAAAAAGGGUAUUGACAAAUUGCAGGCGGCACUUGAAGAACCUGUUAUAAGUAAGCUGAAACAUAUUGAUAACAAUCUGAUUGGACUUGGAAUUAUUGCCGUCCAAGCAAAGGAUGAGAUAUCACGUAACGCUUGUGCCAUUACUGACAGCCUUGACGCCAUGUGUGACGCUAUAAAACAUCUGGCGGAAACUGACAAGGAUAGUGCAAAAAAUAAGUUAAAUGAGUUGCGAAUAGCAAUCGGUCACACCGUUACCGGUGAUAAAGAAAGUUUACAACAACUUCACUCUCAGCUUUCUAGGCUUCAGAGCGUUGAUUUACAGAAUGCCAUUCAUUCUGCUACAGACUUUGUCGAUAGUAUUGCUGACAGAGAAAAGACGACAGUGAUACGACAACUCAAAGAGCACAUCUAUAAUUUAUUCAGAGAUACCAACGACGCGCUUACCAUUGAAGCCCGUAAAAAUUAUGUUUCCUCCAUCAAACUGCUGGUGGAACAGUUUGUUAAUAAAGUGGCCGAUGUAUUAAAACCGCUUCCAGGGUAUAUAAAUAAAGAUCUAGAGGUCGGGUUUAAGGGAUUUAUGAAAACGUUUGGUGAUAUGUUUACGAGCCACGUCGUUACUCAUAACGAUGAUUUGAAAUUUGAGGGGCUCUCUUUUGCAUUCGCUAGGUUUUGGGGUCCGGUGAAGGAUUACGUUCAGAAAGAGAUUAAAACGGUGGGUAAAUAUAUCAAUGCAGAGAACGAUGACCUGCUUCCUGAGUUACAAGAUCCCUACUCUACAAGGCUAGAGGCUGCCAGUACAUUGCUUCAUGACUUGCUUGGUCAUUUUUGUGCGACGCAUAAUUACGAUCACAAUGUACCCAAUAAACUUGAUAAGCUGACUGAUGCGCUCGCAUAUUUGACACCCGAAUGUUUCUCAAAAAUCACAACUCCAACACUGGACUGUAUCUGUCUAGGACUGAACGCUUUUAUGAUAGAGAUGAGAAAAGCGUACAUCAGCAGGUAUGACGGAUGUAAGGCCAUCAACGAUUGGUUGAUGGAUGGUCCUAAAAAGGCAGAGCAAAAAACUAAAGAUACGGCUGAUGAUAAUAAGAUCCUGACAACUGAUGGGAGGAACGGUGCAAGGGUUUGCGUCACAGUGGUUUAUACUCUGUACCAAUACCUUUACGAGUUGUUCUACACCGGCGCCAGAAAUUGGAAAAAGUACACUAUCAAGGGCGAAGAUGCGAAGUAUGAUAAUGCACUGCAGAAAUAUUUGAAGCGAUCGGGCUACGAAUUGUGCAAUCUGGAUUCAACUCUGACAACACUGGGCGUCACUGGGAGGUUAUUUAACGGAUUCAAACCUUAUGGAGAAUUUAAUAAAGACCCCAGUGAAUUCAAAAAUAUGGAAGCUUGUGCUGACUAUUUCAGAAAGCAAGAAGGCCCAGUCGUAAGACUAUUUAAUUUCCUAGAAACGUACAAUGAAAUGUGUCACUUCACUCAUAUUUCCAAGCCUAGGUCACCGUGCAAUGUCUACGAGAUGUGCAUAUGGCUGACUGGGCUGUCUUACCGACGUGUUUAUGACUCGCUGCUGCACGACGUGCUACCUUCACUGCUCGAAGAUCCGAACGCCGAUGAUGCCGGCGACGAGGAAAUCACAGUAACGGAUACCGCCGUAGAUUCGCUUGCGGCAUAUCCACAACCCAUCAGAUACAAUGAUAUAGCUAACGCACUUACACAUAUUUGUUCAAAAUCAUAUGACGUCAUUACCACCGUUGUUGGCCACGGCGACGCGGAGACUCAUUAUGCUUCCGAAUACUGUGACAAUUCAUUUAAGUUACGUUACCCAACCGAUCCAUCCGCGUGCCUUGAUAUGCUUCUUGACAUACUUCGCAGGUUAUUCGCCGUGUUUAACUUUUUACAACGGCAGUGCAGCCUAACCGUCCAGCACAACGGCUGGCGUGACUGUUACUACGGCAGAGAUGUGAACACAUCCAAGCAGCCGUGCAAAGUACACUUGAAGUGUAAACCAACGUGCCAGCCAAACAGUCAACCAAAGUGCCAGGCAACUUGCGAACCAAAUUGCCAACCAACAUCACCUCUUCAAUCAUACUUAAAUGACUGUUUACCAGGACAUUUGCCGCAUCAAAUCACCGAUGUAGGCUGCAGUUAUAAAUGUUCAUCCUGCUCUAACUCCACACCUGGAAUGCCUUGCUUGACUCCGCUAGGUUUUAGGGCAUUCUCCGGGUCGACUAAAACGGGUCGUGAUAUAUGCGACAUCCUCGAAGAGUUCUUCUGCCAUGUCAAAACGACAUCUCUAUUCUGCCUUCAACCUAAACCUCCUAAAACGUUGGCUGAACACUUGAGCUUCUCGCUAUCUCUGGCUAAGCAGUGGCAGAGCAAUCGCAAGCAUGGCCUUAAGGAUAAAAUCCAUUCAUCAAUCGACAAGGUGUCCAUUAGCCUCUGCAAAACGCCGCACGGUUUUACCAGCGCGAUCAGCAGCGCUUACGGUAGCAGUCAGAGUGACCACGGUGCUUUCCAUCCCAGUGCCGAAUCAGCUGAUGUAUCAAGUCUGUCAAUGCAAAUUAAAUGUUCCGGUAAUCAAUGCGCGCCCUAUCUCUACUCCCUAUACGAUGAUGUAUAUAGUCAUAUUGCGUUGAAGAAUUCGGGCGCGUGCCUGUCCUGGGCUCUCUACCUUCCUUGGGAUUUCCACAAUUAUCUCCAAAAUCUGCUCAAAGCAUUCAAAGAAAUCUUCUGUCAGGAUUGGGGUUGUCGUGGAUGUUUGAGAGCGGACAGCUGUAAGAGAGGAUCCCAUGGUGAAGCAAAGCCUCCAUGUCACUGCACAUCAAUCGUCGACUGCAAAGGUGUUUCAUCAACAUUGUAUAACUACGGCUUUGCAUUUGGAAAUGCAUCAGCAUUAUGCGCGAAACAAUCAGCGAAAACAUGCUCUGAUUUCUGUAGUCAGUUGAAGAAUGUGUUGAAUUCGGAAUAUUUCAAGAAGCUGUUCGAAGCUUGCGACGAAUUCCUCUGGAUCAUCAGACAACCCUUCUCCUACCUUGUCCUCGCUCUCUGGCUCCUCUCCUUCCUCUACCUCCUCCACAUCAUGGUCAUCCGCCUCGACCUGCUCCACAUCAAAUCGCAUUUGCAUAGUCCCUCGUCGCAUCGCAUCGCUGCUCAAUCACUACUCGCCGCGGCACGUGUUAACAAACUGGGCAGGGUGUUUUAUCUACAACCAUAA